CAACAUAACCUCGUAGCGGAGACAGAUAACCCGCUAUCUACGGAUGAACCGUCAAUUCCGGUGUGCUGAGGGGCGUGUUUUGCGACCGUGAGGAGAGACCGGGGAAAUUCGUGUAGACUGACCAGAGUCCGCGAAUUUCCGUGAGUGCUGUCCGAUAUAUACGAUUGCCCGGACGCCGGAAUUCUCGCUUGGUAACGUUUCAUCAGCGGCCGCGCCCGUCUCAAGUUCGUCUCAGGUGUUCUGAUUCAUUGCCGCUAUCCUUGAACGUCCUCGUUAUUUGAUUCCCUAAUUUUCACUUACGCGUCAGACGUCCCGAGGCGUCUUUUUCGCAAGUAGCGAGCACGAAAUGACGGAGAUCUAUAACUUCGGUGUCGAUGCCAUCAGUUGUCAUGCGUGGAACAGGGAUAGAACAGAAGUUGCCAUAUGCCCGAAUAACAAUGAGAUCCAGGUGCAUAGACGCACGUCAUCCGGGUGGAAGCUGCUGGAAACCAUGGAGGAACAUGACAUGGCUGUCAUGGGAAUUGACUGGUCGCCAAAGACCAAUCGCAUAGUCACCUGUUCUGCGGACAAAAACGCUUAUGUGUGGACUCAAAAAGAAGAUGGCAAGUGGGAUCCCGCGUGGGUCCUUCUACGAAUAAAUCGAGCCGCUACUUGCGUAAAAUGGUCUCCUCUAGAAAAUAAAUUUGCUGUUGGUUCCGGGGGACGAGUUAUAGCUAUUUGUUACUUUGCGUCAGAGAAUAACUGGUGGUUAUGUAAACAUAUAAAGCGUCCAUUAAGGUCUACGGUAACUACCGUUGACUGGCAUCCGGAUAACAAGGUUCUGGUUGCUGGAUCUACGGACUAUAAAGUCCGUGUCUUCAGUGCAUUUAUCAGUGAUAUAGACGAUGCCCCAGGCACUACUCCCUGGGGCCAGAGUAAUACCUUAGGAACUUUAUUGGCCGAGUUCCCUAAUACACCCAAUGGAGGUGGCUGGAUACAUUCAGUAGCAUUCAGUCCAUGUGGCAAUAAAAUCUGUUGGGUGGCGCACAACUCGUCUAUAUGUGUCGCCGAUGCUACUAAAGGAAACGCAGUUAUGAGGCUGUACACAGAACAUUUACCGUUUUUAAGUUGCGUUUGGAUAGGAUCUAAUAACAUUGUUGCCGCGGGGCAUAGCUGUAUGCCGAUGUUAUAUUCUAUAGACGACAAUGGACAAAUAUAUUUUGCGUCAAAGUUGGAUAACACACAGAAAAAGGAGAUUGCCGGAUUGUCUGCCAUGCGAAAGUUUCAAUCGUUAGAUCGGCAAGCGAGGAAUGAAACGAACGAUAAUGCUUUAGAUAGCAUGCACCAAAAUACAAUCAACUGCAUUCGCCGAGUAUCCGAUCAUGAAUUUAGCACAAGCAGUUUAGAUGGACAACUUGUAGUUUGGGACUUGAAGCUUUUAGAGAAUUCCAUUGCUGGUCUCAAGAUAGUGUAAACAUGAAACUUUUUUUACAUUGCAAAGAUCAGAGAUAUUACAUCCAAUACAACGAUGUAUAAAUGUUAAAAUGAAUACUAUACAAUUUCUCAUUAA